AUGGGAUUGGUGAGCCAAGAAUCAGUUCUCUUCACCGAAAGUAUAUUGGGGCAAAAAAGGCGACGUGAUAGAAGAGGAAAUCACCGAAACCACAAAAGCCGGCAAUGCGCACUACUGGAUGUCGGAUUGUCCAAUGGUUAUGACACUUCUGUCGGAGAAAGAGUGGUCCAAUUAUGUGGUGGACAAAAACAAGGAAUUGUCAUUGCCAUUGCCAUUGCCAUUGCCAUUGCCAUUGCUAGAGCAAUCUCAAAGGAUCUGAAAAACCUUUUAUUUGAUGAAGCAACUAAUGCAUUAGACAAAGAAUCUGAAUGUAUAGCACGAAAGCAUUAG